UGACCUGCAGAUGAGAGGAGGUGCUACAGGACUUCCUGGACACAACAUGAAGAGGGUCCUAGUUCUCCUGCUGGCCUUAGCACUUGGGCAUGCUCUAGAGCGAGGUCGAGAAUAUGAAAAGGAUAAGGUUUGCAAGGAAUUCACCAUGCUGGGGAAAGAUGACUUCAGAUCUUUAUCACUAAUCCUAUACAGCAGGAAGUUUCCCAGUGGCACAUUUGAACAAGUCAAGCAGCUGGUGAAGGAAAUUGUAGCUUUAACUGAAGAAUGUUGUGCUGAGGGGGCUGACCCCAACUGCUAUGACACCAGGACCUCAGAGCUGGCUACCAAGUCAUGUAAACGUGAUGCUCCCUUUCCCGAGCACCCUGGAACUCUUGUAUGUUGCAAGGAAAAGGGCCUAUCGAGGAAACUCUGCAUGGCUGACCUAGAUCAUCAUCCAAAAGAAAUUCCCACUUAUGUGGAACCAACAAAUGAUGAGAUCUGUGAGGCAUUCAGGAAAGAUCCAAAGGGAUUUGCUGAUCAAUUUCUAUAUGAAUACGCCACUAGCUAUGGACAAGCUCCUCUAUCACUUCUAGUCGCUUACACCAAGAGUUAUCUCUCUAUGGUUGGAUCCUGCUGUACUUCUGCAAGCCCAACUGUAUGCUUUUUGAAAGAGAGACUCCAGAUUAAACAUUUAUCACUUCUCACUACCAUGUCAAAUAGAGUCUGUUUACAAUAUACUGUUUACGAAAAGGAGAAAUCAAGGCUCAGCCAUCUCAUAAAACUAGCCCAAAAAGUGCCAACUGCUAACCUGGAGGAUGUUAGGCCACUAGUUGAAGAUCUUACUCAAAUCCUGUCCAGAUGUUGCACGUCUACCUCAGAGGAUUGCAUGGCUAAAGAGCUGCCUGAACACACAUUAAAAAUCUGUGACAACUUGUCCACAAAGAAUUCUAAGUUUCAAGAGUGCUGUCAAGAAAAAGCACCCAUGGACAUUUUUAUGUGCAUCCACUUCUUGCCAGCAGCUGAGCCACUUCAAUUGCCAGCCAUCAAGUUGCCCACAGAGACAGAUCUGUGUGGUCAGAGUACCAGCCAAGCCAUGGACCAGUAUGCAUUUGAACUAAGCAGAAGGACUCAGGUGCCAGAAGUAUUCUUCACCAGUGUGCUGCUGAGCAUCCUGAAGUCCCUUGGUCGAUGCUGUCAUGCACAGGACUCCUCAGCCUGUUUCAGCACUAAGAGUCCCAUAUUGAAGAAGGAACUAACUUCUUUCAUUGAACUGGGGCAAGAAAUGUGUGCCGAUUAUUCUGAUAACACAUUUACUGAGUACAAGAAAAAACUGGCAGAGCGACUGAUGACAAAAACACCCAACACCUCUCCAGGGAAGCUGAAGGACAUGGUGGAUAAAUACUCAGACUUUGCUUCCAAGUGCUGCUCCAUAAACUCACCCCCAGCCUACUGCAACACAAUGAUUUAUUAUGAAAUGGAAAAAAUCCACAGGACUGAUCCAAUGCAUACUACUAUCUUGGACCAAGAAGAGCUGGACUACCCUGGAAAAUAGCCACUGGUAGCAAAAUCUGAGCCAAGCCACUGAGCUUCCAGGAAGACCACCAAGAUAAUUCAAUUUUCCCCAGCUAUAAUGUUUGUGAUGAAUUAUAAAAAAAAUAAACAAAUUGAUAUAUAGUGCAA